AUGGUGACGACCCCCAUGAUGGUGACGACCCCCAUGAUGGUGACGACCCCCAUGAUGGUGACGACCCCCAUGAUGGUGACGACCCCCAUGAUGGUGACGACCCCCAUGAUGGUGACGACCCCCAUGAUGGUGACGACCCCCAUGAUGGUGACGACCCCCAUGAUGGUGACGACCCCCAUGAUGGUGACGACCCCCAUGAUGGUGACGACUCCCAUGAUGGUGACGACCCCCAUGAUAGUGAUGAGCCCCAUGAUGAUGGUGAUGAGCCCGGUGAUGGUGGCUACACACAGUUUAGGAACGACUGGCCUUGAAGGUCAUGAGUUACAAAGACACGACUCAGUCUGGGACAUCAACACUCAUGAAAACAACAGUGGGAACAACAGUGGGAACAACAGUGAGAACAACAGUGAGAACAACAGUGGGAACAACACUGAGAACAACAGUGAGAACAACAGUGAGAACAACAGUGGGAACAACAGUGAGAACAACAGUGGGAACAACAGUGGGAACAACAGUGAGAACAACAGUGAGAACAACAGUGGGAACAACAGUGGGAACAACAGUGGGAACAACAGUGAGAACAACAGUGAGAACAACAGUGAAAACAACAGUGAGAACAACAGUGAGAACAACAGUGAGAACAACAGUGGGAACAACAGUGAGAACAACAGUGGGAACAACAGUGAGAACAACAGUGAGAACAACAGUGGGAACAACAGUGGAAACAACAGUGAGAACAACAGUGAGAACAACAGUGGGAACAACAGUGGGAACAACAGUGAGAACAACAGUGAGAACAACAGUGGGAACAACAGUGAGAACAACAGUGGGAACAACAGUGAGAACAACAGUGGGAACAACAGUGAGAACAACAGUGGGAACAACAGUGGGAACAACAGUGGGAACAACAGUGAGAACAACAGUGAGAACAACAGUGGGAACAACAGUGAGAACAACAGUGGGAACAACAGUGAGAACAACAGUGGGAACAACAGUGAGAACAACAGUGAAAACAACAGUGAGAACAACAGUGAGAACAACAGUGAGAACAACAGUGGGAACAACAGUGGGAACAACAAUGAGAACAACAGUGAGAACAACAGUGGGAACAACAGUGGGAAUAACAGUGAGAACAACAGUGAGAACAACGGGAAUAACAACAGUGGGAACAACAGUGAGAACAACAGUGGGACCAACAAUGAGAACAACAGUGAGAACAACAGUGGGAACAACAGUGAGAACAACAGUGGGAACAACAGUGGAAACAACAGUGGGAACAACAAUGAGAACAACAGUGGGAACAACAGUGAGAACAACAGUGAGAACAACAGUGGGAACAACAAUGAGAACAACAGUGAGAACAACAGUGAGAACAACAGUGAGAACAACAGUGGGAACAACAAUGAGAACAACAGUGAGAACAACAGUGAGAACAACAAUGAGAACAACAGUGAGAACAACAGUGAGAACAACAGUGGGAACAACAGUGGGAACAACAAUGAGAACAACAGUGAGAACAACAGUGAGAACAACAGUGAGAACAACAGUGGGAACAACAAUGAGAACAACAGUGAGAACAACAGUGAGAACAACAGUGGGAACAACAGUGGGAACAACAAUGAGAACAACAGUGGGAACAACAAUGAGAACAACAGUGAGAACAACAGUGAGAACAACAGUGGGAACAACAAUGAGAACAACAGUGGGAACAACAACUUUCUUUUGACCCACUGA